GCACCAGCUGCGAUUGUCAUCUCACGGAUGGACGCGCACACGCGCACGCAAGUAUGCGUCUCUCGACACGUCUGCCCACCACACGAGCAUUGUCUGCCGGCCGGUCUUUGCUGAACAUGUGUGGAAAAAAGGAGGGCCAGACGGGCAGGCAGCAACGUCUCUCUCCUCAUCCAUCCAUCCAUCCAUUCUUUCUGUCAGUCCGUCAGUCGCUGUGUGGGUGCUCCCACGUGCAGCCCUCGUGUGGCUUCAUGGCCAAAGUUUUAUGGCCUUUGCCACGUGCCACAGACGGCUAGGAGAAUGACGAACACGGGCAGCCCGCCGGGGAUGAAUGCACCCCAAUCUUCCGUCGGCACCUUCUUCUCCUUCAUGAGCACGUCAUACUCCAGCACAUCCUACAGACACACAAGACAGACAGACAGCACGCACACGUCGGUUGGUUUUCCUGGCUUCUCUCUCUCGGUGUGUACCAUGCCGUAGAGGGAAAUGUCGUCGAACACGAAGCCGGCAUGAUGAGCAAGUCUCUCUUUGUACCUCAU